AUGACGGUAACCACUUCCCCCUACCUGAACCAGAAUCCACCAUCGCACAGGGACACACAUCCCACCAGCCAAGGGGGUGAAUGGAAUCAGUUUGCAGAGGUGAAAGCCAUCCAGCUCGCCUGGCACAUUGCUGAACACGGAAAGCGGGCAGUACUUUAUACUGACUCAGGGAUGGUGUUCAAAUGCCCUUCGGGGGUGGUGGCAGCAAUAGAAGACAAGGAAAUCAGCAAGAUGAAUCUGUCUGCCAACACCAGGGCCCACAUCUUGGGGGAAGAAUUCCUUAAGAACCUGAGGCCUGCAGCUCAGCUCACGCGAGCAGAAACUCACAGUGGCAGCGCCAGCACGGGCGGCACCAGCCCUGAGGGGUUAAAAACCCGCCUCAGGGAGCGCGGCAAACAGGGCGUGGCGAGCCAGUUUGCGCGGGCAGGCGAGGGGGAUGGUGAGCGCUCGCCGUACGAGCUGGGCGCGGUCUGGGAGCUGUGCUCUGGGUGUCCCGGCGGUGGUCAGCCUCCUGCCAGCACCAAGCAGCAGCCCUCUGUCAACAAGGAGCUGCUGAAGAGGGCCAGACAGCAUGUGAAGGAGGCCAUCAAGGAGAAAAAGAUCUUCGCAGUGCAGGGCCCCUACCCUGUGAUGCGCAAGCUGCUGCGGGCACGAGGCUGGGUGGAGGGGAAGUUCUCCACCACCAUCAAGAAGCAGGAGGAUGGCAGUGGUGAGGAGCAGUGGGAGGCAGCGCUCCAUCCAGAGCCAAGGUCGGCAUCCUGUUGGACUCAGUGCUGGGUCAAGAUCUUGGAGGAGGAGGAGGAGGAGGAGAAAGAGCAGGAGGAGGUCCCGUGGUAUGCUGAGGACCCUGAUGGCAUCCAGGACAUCAUGUCCUCCAUGGUGCGAGACCGCAUGCCCACAUUCAUCUGGAUGAGCCGGGGAAGUGCCAUAAGCUACUGGCAGCUCCAGGACCACCAAAUGGUACACCACUUCAACAGCACUGGAGCCUUCACCACCAAGGAGGAGCUGUGUGUCAACCUCCAAAACCUGCCCUCGUUCUACCAAGCAGAUCCCACCACCUUCUUCCCAAGGUGCUACCAGCUCGGGGAUGAAGAUGAACAUCAAGCCUUCAUCGAGGAUUUCCGCCUGACAGCAGCUCACAGCCUGCUCAAACUGGCUGUGGAGAAGAUUGGGAUCGUGCCAGGAGUGAUGGACCAUGCCCCUCAGUCCAUGCCACUUCCAGCAGGUCCAGCAUCCCCAUCACCCCCUGAGCUGCUGGAGAAAGCGCUGCAGGCAUCACCUGCUCAGCAUGGCUGCUCCCAGCCCUUCUCCCUGAGCCACCUACACGCCUCCCGGCACCUCUGCAAUGUGUCCAUCCAGAAGCAGUGGAGGCAGGCUGCAGGCUCCAAACUACCCUGUGGCUUGAUAUGGUCCAGCCACCAGUUGCAGCAAGUGGGGCACACAGAGGCCUGGGAGAACGUGAUUGUGCCAGGCAUGAAGGAGGCGGUGGUGGCUACCCUGCACAGCUGCCGGGAACUGGUGAGGUACCGCAAGGGCAGCUUUGACCUCUACAGGGCCGAUUUCAUGUUCAGGGAGGACUGCCAGCCGUGGCUGCUAGAGAUCAACGCCAGUCCCACCAUGGCGUCCUGCUCAGCAGUGACCCGACAGCUCUGCACUGCCGUCCAGCGUGACAUACUGCGUGUGGUCCUGGAUCACAGGGGGAUCCCCGGCUGCUCCACCGGAGCCUUUGAACUCAUCCACAAAGAGCCCAUCGUGCCAGUGCCUCCCUGCCUGGGACUGAAGCUGCUGGUGGAAGGCUACUCACUAAUGAAGCCCCAGCUGCAAAAACAGCAACCCAGGACAAACUCCCCACCACCCUGCCUUUUGUCUGCCCGGUGGUGCCCAAGCCACUGGUGGUGA